CCUACGGCCUUUUCUUUCCAGCCCUGGCCCGGCCCUCCGCAGCGGAGUGCAGUCACGUGAGCCGGGCUGCGGCGCCCCGCUCCGCACGGUCAUGGUGGACCCGAUGUAUGGAGCCCCGGGCGGCCGCCUGGCCCGGGCGCUGACGCGGGCGCUGGCGCUGGCCCUGGUGCUGGCCCUGCUGGUCGGGCUGUUCCUGAGCGGCCUGACCGGAGCAAUCCCGACCCCGAGGGGUCACCGGGGACCGGGAAGGCCGGUCCCACCCGCCUCCCGCUGCCGUUCGGUGCUCCUGAACCCUGAGACGGGCCAGCUGCGCCUGGUGGAUGGCCGCCACCCUGACGCCGUGGCCUGGGCCAACCUUACCAACGCCAUCCGCGAGACCGGGUGGGCCUUUCUGGAGCUGCACACGAACGACCACUACAACGAUAGCCUGCAGGCCUACGCAGCGGGCGUGGUGGAGGCCGCCGUGUCCGAGGAGCUCAUCUAUAUGCACUGGAUGAACACGGUGGUGAAUUACUGCGGCCCCUUCGAGUACGAAGUCAGUUACUGCGAGAGGCUCAAGAAAUUCCUGGAGGCCAACCUGGAGUGGAUGCAGACGGAGAUGGAGUUGAACAAUGGCUCUGCUUACUGGCACCAGGUGCGGCUGACCCUCCUGCAGCUGAAAGGCCUAGAGGACAGCUAUGAAGGCAGUGUGACCUUUCCAACUGGGAAGUUCACCAUCAAACCCUUGGGGUUCCUCCUGUUGCAGAUCUCUGGGGACCUCGAAGACUUAGAGCUGGCCCUGAAUAAGACCAAGACCAAGCAUGCUAUGGGCUCUGGCUCCUGCUCCGCCCUCAUCAAGCUGCUGCCUGGCCAGAGUGACCUCCUGGUCGCCCACAACACCUGGCACUCCUACCAGUACAUGCUGCGCAUCAUGAAAAAGUACUGGUUCCAGUUCAGAGAAGGGCCCCAAGAGCAAUCUACCCGGGCUCCUGGCAACAGGGUGACCUUCUCAUCCUACCCUGGUACCAUUUUCUCCUGUGAUGACUUCUACAUCCUGGGCAGCGGGCUGGUGGCCCUGGAGACCACCAUCGGCAACCGGAACUCGGCCCUGUGGAAGUACGUGCAGCCUGAGGGCUGUGUGCUGGAGUGGAUGCGAAAUGUUGUGGCCAAUCGCCUGGCCUUGGACGGGGACUCCUGGGCCGAUAUCUUCAAGAGGUUCAACAGUGGCACGUACAACAACCAGUGGAUGAUCGUGGACUACAAGGCAUUUGUCCCCGGUGGGCCCAGCCCUGGGAGGAGGGUGCUCACCAUUCUGGAGCAGCUCCCGGGCAUGGUGGUGGUGGCCGACAGGACCUCGGAACUCUACCAGAAGACCUACUGGGCCAGCUACAAUAUCCCCAGGUCCUUUGAGUCUGUGUUCAACACCAGUGGGUUGCCGGCCCUGGUGGCCCACUUUGGGGACUGGUUCUCCUACGACGGGAGCCCCCGGGCCCAGAUCUUCCGGCGGAACCAGUCGCUGGUACACGACCUGAACUCCAUGAUCCGGCUUAUGAGGUACAACGACUUCCUGCAUGACCCCCUGUCAUUGUGCAAAGCUUGCAACCCCAAGCCCAACGGGGAGAAUGCCAUCUCGGCCCGCUCUGACCUCAACCCAGCCAAUGGCUCCUACCCUUUCCAGGCCCUGCACCAGCGCUCCCAUGGGGGCAUCGACGUGAAGGUGACCAGCACGACACUGGCCAAGGCCCUGCGUCUCCUGGCGGCCAGCGGCCCCACGUGGGACCAGCUGCCCCCGUUCCAGUGGAGCACCUCGCCCUUCAGCAGCCUGCUGCACAUGGGCCAGCCCGACCUCUGGAAGUUCUCACCCAUCGAGGUCUGGUGGGACUAAGGCUCCAUCUCUGCUCUGCCGCCUCUGCCCCUGCUGACCCCAGCGGGGCCACCCGACUGGCUGCCACCCUGCCCUCCUGGCUGUCCCCCCACCCUGGUCCCCCGUGUGAGCGUUGCCCCCCGCGCUGUGCCCACGUUGGGGACCUGGGUCGGCCAGGUUCACUCUCGUCUGGGUGGCCUCCUGGGUGGGGAACGGAACCCGAUGGGACCCAGGACUGACUCUGUCCCCCUAAGUGGGUGAUGCCAUCCCCGUCUCCCUCUGCCUCUCUGCGUCUCUCUCUCUCUCCCUGCUUUUCUCUCUCUUCCAGCCUUGGGCCCCCUCCUCGUGCCGCCCCUUCCUGAGGGCGGGAGCCGGAUCCUGGGACCGGGUUCCGGGGCCCCUAGGGGGGCCGGCAGGAGAGGCCUGUUCCAGUGCCUGCUUCCCAGUGCUGUUCCUGCCGGCGGCUCUGGAGCUUCAGCCCCCGAGACCCGAGACCCGGGCGUUGCCUCCGGUUGGCAUCUCUCCUCCCAACCCCCGACCCCAGCCCCACUCUGCUCCUUCGGGAAGUAGCUCCCCUGUUUCUCCUCCUGGAGAGCCUCCUUGAGGACAGAAACUUGAAACCAAACAAGAACCAAAGUUUCUGGCCACUUGUGGCUGGAAGGGCCGGAGUGUCCUUCUCUCUCCGGGGGCAGGCAGGAGUGUCAGCCCCCUGCUCCAGCCUCGGCCCGUGCCCCCCCAAACCCAGGCCUGCCCCUGGCCUCAGGGCAGUGCCCACAGGUCCCCUGCUGCAGGAACCAAAUCGCAGGCUGUGCCGCCAUUAAAAAGAGAGGCCAUGGCCCCUGUGCUGUGCUUCUUGGGGCAGUGGGGAAGGCUGGGUCGGCGCCCUCUCUCUUCUCAGGUUUGGGUUCUGACCAUUCACCUAUGCAUCUCCUGUCCAUCCUUCUGUCUGUCCAUCUGUACAUUCAUUCACCUGCCAACCCACCCACCCCUUGUCCAUCUGCACAGUCAUCCAUCCAUCCAUCCAUCCAUUUCCAAUCAUCCAUCCAUCCAUCCGUCAUCCAGAUACUGACCCAUCUACCCAUUCAUCCAUCCAUCCAUAUCUAUCUGACCAUCCUUCUAUCCAUAUGUUUAUUGAACACCUACUUUGUUCUGGGUCCUGUUCUAGGGCUCUCUUAACCACCAAGACCCUCCCAAAUCCUACUGGGGGUUGAGGGGGGGACAGAUCAACACAACACGGAGUCCCUCCCCACCUGAUCUUACCCAAAGCCUACAGUGGAGACUCGCACAAUGCGAUGUGCUUAGGGAGAGGAAAGCACACAACCCGGGAGUCCGAGGCCUGGGCUUGAAUCCUGUCUCCACCUCUUACUAGUUAUGGGACUUAAUCUCUCUGAGCCUCGGUUACCUCAUCUGUAAAAUAGGUAACCAUGUGAGCAGCAUUUCCCCGCGCAUGUGUGUGCACGUUUGGUGGGGGGAGGGUGAGGAUUUGCUGCAAAGGUGGCUGUGACGUAGCCCACACGGGGCCUCACACACUCAACGUUCAUUCAUUAGCGAGAAUUUAUCGAAUGCUUAGAACAUGCCAGGCACUGUUAAUAAGGUCCUGGGGAUACCUCAAAACAACAGGUAUCCCUGCCCCCCCCAAAAAAUCCCUGCUCUUGUGACGUUUGCAUUGGGGAGGUAGAUAGAUACUGAAAAUAGACAUACAGUGUGUAAGAUGCUGGUAAAUGCUCUGGAGAAACUAAAGCACAGUUGAGGGCUG